AUGACUCCCUUUGGAACUUGCUUUGUUUCAAUGAUGAAAGCCAUGUCCAUGGCCAUCUUAAUAUGCUCCAUGGUCACUUCAACCUUCUCUGGAACAACCAACAUAACCACAGACCAGUCAGCACUUCUUGUCCUAAAAUCCCAUAUAAUCCAUGACCCACAAAACAUUUUGUCCAAAAAUUGGUCAAAUUCUUCAUCUAUCUGCAAUUGGGAUGGUGUAAUUUGUGGUGCUAAACACAAAAGGGUCACCGUAUUGAAUCUUUCUUAUAGGGGUCUUACCGGAACUGUUCCUCCAGAACUUGGAAACCUUUCUUUUCUUGUAGAAUUAAGGCUCACAAACAAUAGCUUUCACGGAUCUUUGCCUGUGGAAUUGACUCGGCUACGGCGGUUGAAGGUGAUCAACUUUGGAUUCAAUAAUCUGAUGAAGGGGGAGAUACCUUCUUGGUUUGGAUUAUUUCCAAAACUUGAAACUUUGAAUUUGUAUGGUAAUCAGUUUACCGGUUCUUUACCCACCUCCAUCUUCAACUUGUCUUCGGUACAAAUAAUUACUCUCUCAAAUAACCAGCUUUCAGGCAUACCAAGAGAAAUUGGGAACUUAACAACACUGAAAGAGUUGUAUCUUGACUAUAACAACUUGAAAGAAAUUCCUAAGGAGAUUGGUAACUUAAACAGCCUUGACGUGUUGUCCAUAAAAUCCAAUGCUUUAACAGGGCCUUUUCCUUUGUUUGUCUUCAAUAUUUCUUCUUUGAAAAAAUUGAAUUUUAACUACAAUAAUCUAUCCGGUAGCCUUCCAAACAGUAUGUGUGAAAGUGCUCCUAGUCUCCAACUGUUGGCUUUAGACUACAAUCAGCUUGGUGGCUCCGUUCCAUCUCAAUGGUCUCGAUGCAAAAAUCUUCAAACUUUAUUAUUAUCAGUUAAUCACUUUGUCGGAAGCAUACCCAGAAAUAUUGGAAACUUGACAAUUCUGAAGCACCUCGAUCUUGGGACUAACAACUUAACAGGUGUAGUACCCAAUGAGAUUGGUGAUCUUCAAAAUCUUGAGGUAUUAGUGCUCCAAGAGAACCAUCUCGGUGGGCCAAUGCCACCUAAAUUCUUCAAUAUUUCUUCGAUGAGUAUCAUUGGACUAGCAGUUAAUCGCUUAUCAGGCCAAUUUCCAUCACAUACAAGUUUCCUAUUUCCAAACCUUAGUCGGCUAUCCUUGGGAAUGAACGAUUUCACCGGUCCCAUCCUCAAUUUUAUAUCCAAUGCUUCUCAACUCAUACAAAUUGAUAUUCCAUACAAUUCAUUCUAUGGCACUCUUAAAAGUAAACUUUGUUCUUUACAAAAUAUCCAAUGGCUUAACUUAGCUUCCAACAAUUUCACCAUUGACCCUUCAGACAACUUCUUCACUUCUUUAUCGGAUUGUAAAUAUCUUACAUUUUUGGAGCUGGGAAGCAACCCAUUGAAUGCAAUGCUUCCAAAUUUUGGUGGGAAUCUUUCUUCUUCUCUCCAAUAUUUUGGAGUCAUUAAUUGCUCAAUGAAGGGCAAUAUUCCUAAGCAAAUUGGGAGUUUAAGCAGCUUAAUUACCUUAAAGUUGCAAUACAAUAAUUUGACUGGUUCUAUUCCAACAACAAUUGGAGGACUACAAAAGCUACAGGGCCUAUAUCUGAAUAGAAACAAGGUAGAAGGUUUUAUACCUUCAGAAAUUUGCCAAUUAGGGAGCUUGGAUAAAUUAUUUUUGGCCAAUAAUAAUCUCAUUGGGUCUAUACCAGAAUGUUUAGGAUAUCUCAGUUCUCUUAGAACUCUCUCAUUGAAUUCCAAUGGAUUGAAUUCCACAAUUCCGAACACAUUAUGGAGUCUUGAAUAUAUCCUGAAAUUGAACCUGUCAUCCAAUUCUCUUGUUGGAUCUCUUCCUCUGGAUGUUGAAAACUUGAAAGUUGUGACGGCAAUAGAUUUAUCAAAUAAUGAGUUAUCAGGCAACAUACCAAGUAGCAUUGGGAGUCUUCAAAAUUUGGUUAAUCUUUCGUUGGCACAAAAUAGAUUCACAGGUCAAAUUCCCACUUCAUUUGGCAAACUUAUAAGCAUAGAACUCAUGGAUUUGUCAAGAAACAACUUGUCGGGUGAAAUUCCAAAGUCUUUGGAAGCAUUAUUGAGCCUAAAGCAUUUCAACGUGUCUUACAACCAAUUGGAAGGAGAAAUCCCUACCGGAGGAUCUUUUGUGAAUUUCUCUGCUCACUCUUUUAUGUCGAACAAUGGACUUUGUGGUGCACCUCGGCUGCAAGUAUCCCCAUGCAAAGCUAAAGAAACUCAUAAAUCAAGAAAUGCAACCGACACUAUAGGUGUGUUGCGGAUUACUUUGCCAGUGGUUUCAUCAAUAAUACUUAUAUCGGCACUUGCAUGUUUGUUCAUGAGAUGCCAAAAAAAUAAGGCUUUGAGAAUUUCUAGUGAGGCCAACUUGAAUCUUCCACCACCAUGGAGAAAGAUUUCACAUGAAGAGCUUUUGGAGGCAACAAAUGGAUUCAACGAAAUAAACUUGCUUGGUACAGGGAGUUUUGGCUCUGUAUAUGAAGGAAAACUCAAUGAUGGAUUGCAUGUUGCAAUAAAAGUUUUCAAUCUGAAUUUAGAAAGGGCAUUCCAGAGUUUUGAUGCUGAAUGCGAAGUAUUAUUCAAUCUCCGCCAUCGGAAUCUUGUCAAAAUCUUGAAUACUCACAAUGGAAAUGAUUUCAAAGCCUUGGUGCUACAAUUCAUGCCAAGGGGAAACCUUGAGAAGUGGUUGCAUAAUUGUGAUUACAAUCUAAGUAUGUUACAAAGACUGAAUAUAAUGAUUGAUGUUGCAUCAGCAUUGGAAUAUCUUCAUCAUGGCUAUUCGCAACCUGUUGUUCAUUGUGAUAUAAAGCCUAGCAACAUACUUUUAGAUGCAGAUAUGGUUGCUCAUGUUGCUGAUUUCGGAAUGGCAAAAAUGUUAGGCGAAAACGCAUUGAUGGCACAAACCAAAACCCUAGCCACUAUUGGGUAUAUGGCACCAGAAUAUGGACUAGAUGGGAUUGUUUCCACAAAAGGAGAUGUCUAUAGCUACGGUAUUUUGCUUAUGGAAACUUUCACAGGAAAAAGACCUACAGAUAAAAUGUUUGUUGAAGAUUUGAGCUUGAGGAAAUGGGUUAAGGAAUCAUUUUCUUUGGAAGUAACAGAAGUUGCAGAUAAGGAACUGUUUAGUGAAGAAAAACAAUAUAGAUCUGGCAUUAAAGAUUGUUUGUCAUCCAUCAUGGACUUGGCCUUGAAUUGUUCUUCAGAGACGCCAGAGAACAGGAAAACUAUAAAGGAUGCUUUAAUUUUACUUCACAAAAUCAAAAAGAAGUUCUUGAAGGAAAUUCAGUAUACAUAA